AUGCUGCGCUUUCUCACCCCCUUCCUCCUCGGCCUCGCUGCAACAACAGCAGCCGCCACGACCACGACCACCACCACCACCACAACCAAACCAUCCUGCGCCAAUAUCCCCACCCCCAUCAUCCCCGGCCUCAUCAUCCUCUCCCUCACCUCCACCGAACUCCUCAACCACACCGUCCCCGCCACCCCGCCCUUCCUCAACACCCCCGUCACCAACCUCAACGUCUGCGCCGUCACCGUAACCCUCACCCACCCCGGCGCCAACGACACCGUCAACAUCCACAUCUGGCUGCCCCUCUCCCCCCACAUCUGGAACACCCGCUUCAUCGCCCUCGGCGGCAGCGCCUGGGCGGCCGGGCAUGGCCCCCUUUCCAUCGCGCCCUACGCGGCGCGGGGCUUCGCCGCGGCCGCCACCGACGCCGGCCUGCCCGGCGACCUGGCCAGCGUCUCGACGCCCGCCGCCUGGGCGCUCAGCGGCGCCGAUGGCACCGUCAACACGGCGCUGCUGACGAAUUUCGCGGCGCGGUCGGUGCAUGAUCUGGCGGUGGUGGCGGUGUAUUGGACGCGGUAUGUGGUGGCGGAGCUGUGGCCGCAGGUGGUGAUGGGGGAGGUGGGGUAUUUUCCCGAGGGGUGCGAGUUGGAGGCGGUGAGGGCGGAUGUGGUGGAGGUGUGUGAUGGGUUGGAUGGGGUGAGGGAUCAGGUGGUGGGGGAUGUGGUGGGUUGUGGGUCGAGGUAUGAUCCGGGGAGACUGUUGGGGAGGAAGGUGAAGUGUGGCGAUAGGGAGGUGGUGGCUACGUCAAAGCUGGUGGAGGUGGUGAAGAAGAUCUGGGAUGGGCCGAAGACGGCGUCGGGAUCGCCGCUGUGGUAUGGCCUUCCCGUCGACGCGCCUCUUACCACUCUGGCCGAGACACAGGAUGUCAACGGCACGCACCGUACCGGCGCCCCCUUCUUUGUCGCCAGCGACUGGGUGAAGUACUUCGUCAAAGCUGAUCCUAGCUUUGAUCUGUCGGUCCUCAGCUCCACUACGCUGCGCGAGGUGUUUGACGAGUCGGUGAGUAAAUUCGCCAGCGUUAUCGACUCGUCGGACCCAGACCUCUCGGGUUUCCGCAACGCCGGCGGCAAGCUCCUAGUGUGGCACGGCGGGGCCGACAACAUCAUCUUCCCGCAGGACUCGAUCCGCUACCACAGCGAGGUGAAGAAGAAGAUGCGCCUCAGCCAGCGGCGCGUCGACGACUUCUUUCGGCUGUUUAUCGCGCCGGGCGUGGACCACUGCGCGCAGGGCUCGAUCGAUGGGGCUGGGCCGACAGAUGCGUUGGGGUCGUUGAUGGAAUGGGUCGAGAAGGGGCGGGCGCCGGGCGAGCUUGCUGCUGCGACGCUGGAUACGGCGAAGACGCGCUUUACGCGGAAGCUGUGCCCCUAUCCGUUGGUUGCGAGAGUUUUGCGCCGCGAGGGGGAGUCGAACCGGUCCUCUUUUGAUUGGUGUCCAAUCGGUCCUCCUCCCAAUACCGCUGAGCCAAACCGGUGUUUGAUUCAAUUGGGAGGAGGCGGUGACAGUGGUCGUGCGGGAACUUGUGUAUAUGGUGCGGGCAGGAAGGAGCGCGUAUGUGGUGGCAAGGAGUUGGGAUGA